AUGGCUUUUGUUCGCCAAGAGGCAAGAACACCCAGACGUAAUAGAACUCUGAUGGACACCAGCUCACAAAUAUUUAUAAAUCGGCUGGAUUCUAAUCGGCCGCUAUCGCAAAAAGAUAUAAAUCAUGAAGAAACCAAAGAAACCAGUCCACAAAUAUAUCUUUUAAAAAAUCAAUCUCAGCCACUAUAUCACGAAAAUAAAACAAACCACAAAGAAACCAAUGACACGAAUAAAUUCACAAAUAUUUUUCUCGCCUAA